GGGGACCAUAACAGCCGGCAAGAUGGGCGUAUAUCGUGCGGCGCGGCACACGGUGGUGCAGUCAACGACGGACCUCGAGUCCCAGGCGGCCCUGGUGACGGCCUUUUUCGAGGAGUAUGAGCAAAAGCACAACUUUCCAGACGAUGAUGAACGUGAGGAUCCCGAGGUGAUCAAGCAGCGCAUUCGUAGUCAGGAGGCAGGGCAUCCAUCGGGCAUGUUCACCCAUCUCCUCGCGGUGGAGCUUGAGCGCGAGGAUGGCACUUGGGUCUUUGGCGGUGGUAUGGUGAUCGAGUUCUACCCACUCUCCAGCUGUGGCCUCCUCACUUACGUGUUCGUGGCCAAGGCCCUUCGUGGGCACCAGAGCCUGCAAGAUGGCUCUCGACUCCGCGUCGCCGACUUUUUGUUUAACCACAACCUCGGGCUUCCUCAGGUGGUUGAGUCCCUGCGCGCCAAGUACGCUACUGUGAGCACGAUUCUGUUCGAGUCGAAUCAUGCCGCUCGCACCGAUCCCGAAGAGGACUCCAUGCCCCCUCACAAGCGCCUUCGCUUUUUCCGAUCCAUCGGGGCCAAGCGCACGCCGUGCGCCUACGUCCAACCACCACUCGAAGAGGGCAAGUCGCCCGUCACCAACCUCAUGCUCAAUUGCUUCCCACGUUAUCAGGCAGACCCCAAAGGACUCGAUCUUCGUGAUGUGAUGGUCUUUCUGAUGGAAUUGACCACCUCUCUGGAUGAGAACAUGGAGCCUCGCAUUUACGAGGAAGACGUCUUCAUGGCUGACGUCGAGCGCAUGCGCACCGUCUCAGCCGGUGGUCUGGCUGAUUUGCGCCUCACUGGCGUCACUUAUGGGGGGCAUAACCUCUUGCAAGACAUGCUGGAUAGCCUCGUACGCAGUCGUACCGAUGGCUUUGCCGUGAGUCCCAUCAACAUUCCGAUUGAUCCUCCUUUCCCAACCCCCUUGGACGGACUGCGCCUGCGCCUCAACGUCCCAUCAGCCGCAGCCCUGCCCAGCACGUUUCCCGCCCUCCGCCUUGCCUUUCACGAUGAGUGGCGCUUUUCCACCCCCGAAGGCGAGACGGAAGCGCAUUGCUUCAUUUUCCCCGAAACCGUGGAUGCGCGCACUUGUGGCCUAUCUGAGCCCCACCAGCGCGUGGCCACGGCUGCUGGUAUGCCCAAGGCCACGGCCGAGGGAAGUGCCAUUGAAAUGGACAUCUCUGCUCUCACUGCGCCGACCAAUCCGCUGGUAUUGGCGGCCCUCUGGUUGGGUCGCCUGGCCAGCGUCAGUUUGGGCUCUGAUGAGUCAGCCCAAGCUUGGCAUCCAAUUGCCAAACUACCCCAGCUGCUGCUCGGUGAUGCGGCUGGUAGUGUAGCGGCAGCCAUGACGGUCGAGGUGCGCGUUAGCGUCAAACUGCCAGAUCAGAGUGGUUUGGAGGCGCUGGUAACCUUGCUGCGAGCUUACGCGCAAGCUGAGUGCACUGAAAUGGAUGUCACGCCCACCAGUCGCACCUUGGUUUGCGAUGGUCGCCGUCUCGUUCUGUCUUCGACCACGGCGUAA